AUGAAAACGUGUCCUCAUUUUUUAUUUUAAAGUUUUUUUUUUUUCUCAGUUCGAAUUCUUCUGGCACUUGGAAAUGGUCCCUGAAUCAUCUCUUCUCUUGUGAUUUGAGUUGUGGUAAGUUAUUAUUCAUUUUCAGAAAAUUGAAAGAGUAUAGUAAAUUGCAGGUUUUGGAAAUGUUAGUGUAUUUGGAAAUGAGCAAAAAUCGGAAUUUUGGAGAGUUCGAGAACAAGAAGAAAAUGAAGGAAAAUGUGAGAUUUUUGGGCAGUUUUUCAUGGGAAAAUUAAAAGAAAAAUAUUGA